CUCUCUCUCUCUCUCUCUCUCUCUCUCUCUCUUUCUCUGUCUCUUGUUUCCUCGUCGUUUCGAAAUUUACUCCUCCCGCGCAAACACGAUUCGCUCCCUUUCCCCUCCCCGCCACUCUCACUACUCUUUAUAAGCCUCCCUUUUUUUUGCCUCUUCCAUCAAUUCCUGUCCGAUCGGUCCGAUCCUGGAGCUCGUAGCCUCGUUUCAUCCUCCCAGUAUUGAGGGUUUUGAAAAAAGCAACUGAACAUCUGGGUUAUGGCAAGGGAACUGAUAGGCUUAGAUUCCACAGAAAUGAAAAAGAAUGGGAAAGGAAGACCACCAAAAAGGAAAGUAACAGAUGACGCUAAAAUGGUUAAAGCAGCGGUGGCAAGUGAAAAGCCUCAUAACAACCUUGAAAAUGGUAAAGUCACUUGCAAGAGGCCAAAGCGAGCUGCGGCAUGUUCAAACUUCAAAGAGGAAACUGUCAGGAUAUCUGAAAAAUCCGUAUUUGUUGAAACCAAGAAAGUUCGAAUAGAGGAGGACGAGGAAGUUGCCAUUGACCUGACUAGACUUGGUGCAGAAGAUCUUCCACCAUGUAGAAGGCUUGUUGAUUUCACCUUUCAUGAUGCUGAUGGCAAUGCACAGCCGUUUGAAAUGUCAGAAAUAGAUGACUGUUUCAUCACAGCUAUCAUCAUGCCCAUGGAUGAUAAUAUGGAAAAAGAAAAAGAAAGGGGAAUAAAAUGUGAAGGAUUUGGGCGGAUAGAAUCUUGGUCAAUUUCAGGUUAUGAUGAAGGGUCGCCAAUUAUUUGGGUCUCAACAGAAAACGCAGACUAUGAGUGUGUGAAACCUGCAAGCAGUUACAAAAAGUUUUAUGAUCUUUUCUAUGAGAAGGCGCGCACAUGCAUUGAAGUUUACAGGAAAUUAGCCAGAUCUGUUGGUGGAAAUCCAAAUCUGAGCCUUGAAGAGUUGCUUGCUGCAGUAAUCCGUUCUAUGAGUGGAACCAAGAAUUUUCCUGGUGGAUUAAGUAGUAGAGAGUUUGUAAUCUCUCUUGGUGACUUUGUGUACAACCAGCUAACUGGAUUAGAUGAGACUUCAGCCAAUACUGAUGUUCAUCUAGCCACACUGCCAGCUCUUAUGGCUUUAAGAGAUGAGUGUAGAAGUAGAUCAGAGUCAUGCAAGCUGGCUCCAAGAAUGCCAAAUGGGAACUUGCAAAUUAACGAAGGAGAAAAAUUGGAUGCUACUGAAGAUGAUGAUGAGAAACUGGCAACAAUUUUGCAGGAAGAAGAGGAUUGGAAGGCUAUGAAGCAGCAAAGAGGCCGUCAUGCUAUGAAUUCUCAAAAGAAUAUAUAUGUAAAGAUAAGUGAGGCAGAGAUUGCUAACGACUAUCCCUUGCCUGCAUAUUACAGACCUUCCACAAAUGAAAUGGAUGAAUAUAUCUUUUUUGAGAGUGAGAGCCAUAUGUCAUAUUCUGACCUCCCCAGAAGGAUCCUUGACAACUGGGCUUUGUAUAACUCGGACUCAAGGCUUAUCACUUUGGAGCUCUUGCCAAUGAAGCCUUGUGCAGAAGUUGAUGUAACGGUUUUUGGGUCUGGGCAAAUGAGAGAGGAUGAUGGUUGUGGGUACUUUUUGGAUGAGGGCCUUGGUCAAUCUUCUUCUAGUGCAACUAACCCUUCAUAUAAUGAAGGGGUUCCAACCUAUCUGAGUGCAAUUAAGGAGUGGAUGAUUGAGUUUGGGUCUUCAAUGAUUUUUAUCUCAAUCCGAACAGAUGUAGCCUGGUACAGGUUAGGGAAGCCAACACAGCAAUAUGUUCCUUGGUAUGAACCAGUCCUUAAAACAGCCAGGCUUGCAAUUGCUAUAAUCACUUUGUUAAAAGAACAAACCAGGGUAUCAAAGCUUUCCUUUGUUGAUGUUAUCAAGAAGGUGUCAGUGUUUGACAAAAGUCAUCCUGCUUUUAUAUCAUCAAAUUUGGCAUUGGUUGAGCGAUUCAUUGUAGUGCAUGGGCAAAUUAUUCUGCAACAGUUUGCUGAAUAUCCGGAUGAGAAAAUUAGGAAGUGUGCUUUUGUAUCUGGACUUUCAGACAAGAUGGAACAAAAAUGUCAUACAAAACUCAUUAUGAAGAAACGAUCUGUGGUGAGAAAGGAAGCAAACUUGAACCCUUGUGCGGCAAUCGGACCUGUUAUAUCCAACAGAAAAGCAAUGCGUGCUACUACAACAAGGUUCAUCAGUAAGAUCUGGGGAGACUACUACUUGAAUUAUUUCCCUGAGGAUUCACAUGAUGGAGAUCCCUGUGAAUCUAUAGUUCCUGAAGAGGAGCAGGAGGAUAAUGAUGAUGAAGAAGUGGAUGAGGAGAUGACGUUGGUUCAGGUGGAAAAGGCUCCAAUCACACAUUCAUCCUCACGCUCAUGUCAUUCUAAAUCUAGUUACAAGGAAAUACGAUGGGAAGGGAAGUCGAUUGGUCAAAUGGAUUCUGGAGAAGCUCUUUACCACAAUGCGGUUGUUCGUGGACAAAUUAUUGCUGUUGGUGGUGCAGUAACUACAGAAGUUGACGAGGCAGAUGUGCCAGCUAUAUUAUUUGUGGAGUACAUGUUUGAGAAACAUGAUGGCAUUAAAAUGGUUCAUGGAAGAAUGAUGCACAGAGGAUCUCAAACCAUUCUUGGAAAUGCAGCUGAUGAGAGAGAGGUGUUCCUUGCUAAUGACUGUAUGGAAAUUGAACUAGGAAAUGUCAAAGAAUCUAUAGUGGUGGAUAUCCGUUUGCGGUCCUGGGGACAUAAAUACAGAAAAGAGUAUGCCAAUGCUGAUAAGAUUGAUAGGGCGAAAGCAGAGGAGAAUAAAAGGAAGGGGUUGCCUAUGGAAUAUUAUUGUAAAAACUUAUAUUACCCCGAGAAAGGUGGCUUCUUUGCUCUUCCUUAUAGCAGUUUGGGCCUUGGAAGUGGUUUCUGCAACUCCUGCAAAGAGAUGACUUUGCAGGUAGAUGAAUUCAUAUUAAGUUCUGAGACCAGUUUUGUUUAUAAGAAGAUUGAGUACAGUGUUCAAGAUUUUAUGUAUGUCCAACCUCAGUUUUUUGCUGAGGGAAAGGAGGAGGAUCAUGGGACUUUUAAGGCUGGUAGAAAUGUAGGACUAAAAGCCUAUGUAGUAUGUCAAAUUCUGGAAAUUCAGGCUCCUACAGGGUCCAAGAAGCCUACUACAGAAUCAACAAAGGUGAAAGUGAGAAGAUUUUACAGACCAGAAGAUGUUUCAUCAUCAAAAGCCUACAGUUCUGAUAUUAGAGAAGUUUAUUACAGUGAGGAGAUACUCACUGUUCCUGUGGAAAUGAUCAAAGGAAAAUGUGAAGUGAGAAAAAAGAUCGACCUACCAAACUUGGAACUUCCUGUGGUCCUUGAUCAUGUAUUCUUUUGUGAAUAUUCUUAUGAUCCUGUUAAAGGAACACUCAAACAGUUACCUGCCAAGACAAAGCUAACAUCAUUGGCAAGAAAGGCAGAUCCAUAUACUUCUAGAAAGAAAAAGGGUAAGGAGAAGUGUGAAGACAAUCAGCAGAAUUUUUCUGACAAACGGAAGGAUGAACCUUGUGAAAACCGUUUGGCAACUCUCGACAUUUUUGCUGGUUGUGGUGGCUUGUCAGAAGGAUUGCAGCAAUCUGGUGUUUCAUAUACAAAGUGGGCAAUUGAAUAUGAACAGCCUGCUGGUGAAGCAUUUAGUGAAAAUCAUCUGGAAACCUUGAUGUUUGUAGAUAAUUGCAAUGUUAUUCUCAGGGCUAUUAUGGAGAAGUGUGGGGAUGCAGAUGAAUGCAUCUCAACAUCUGAAGCUGCUGAAUUAGCUGCUGCAUUUGAUGAGGAGAAGCUUAAGAAUCUGCCAGUGCCGGGUGAAGUAGAUUUCAUCAAUGGAGGGCCUCCAUGUCAGGGAUUCUCUGGGAUGAACAGAUUUAACCAAAGCACUUGGAGUAAAGUUCAAUGUGAAAUGAUUUUGGCCUUCCUAUCAUUUGCUGAAUAUUUCAGGCCAAAGUUUUUUCUUUUGGAGAAUGUGAGGAAUUUUGUGUCUUUCAAUAAAGGGCAGACAUUCAGACUGACUCUUGCUUCCCUUCUAGCAAUGGGUUAUCAGGUAAGGUUCGGAAUUCUGGAAGCUGGAGCCUAUGGUGUCUCGCAAUCAAGAAAAAGGGCAUUUAUUUGGGCUGCUUCCCCAGAAGAGAUUCUUCCAGAAUGGCCAGAACCUAUGCAUGUAUUUGCUGGACCGGAACUGAAAAUAUCGAUGCCCAUGAAUGUGCAGUAUGCUGCUGUUCGGAGCACUGCUGGAGGAGCUCCAUUCCGUUCAAUUACUGUAAGGGACACAAUUGGGGAUCUUCCUCCAGUUGAGAAUGGGGCUUCCAAAUCUACCAUUAAUUACGGAAGCGAGCCCAUGUCAUGGUUUCAAAAGAAAAUCAGAGGAAGCAUGUUGUCCUUGAAUGACCAUAUAUCAAAAGAGAUGAAUGAAUUGAACUUGAUUAGAUGCCAACGUAUACCAAAGCGUCCAGGUGCAGACUGGCGUGACCUGCCAGAUGAAAAGGUCAAAUUGUCAACUGGACAAAUGGUGGAUCUGAUACCUUGGUGCCUGCCAAACACAGCAAAAAGGCACAAUCAGUGGAAGGGACUAUAUGGAAGGCUGGAUUGGGAUGGAAACUUCCCUACUUCCAUCACAGAUCCCCAACCUAUGGGUAAGGUGGGCAUGUGCUUUCACCCUGAACAAGAUAGGAUUCUUACAGUCCGUGAGUGUGCAAGAUCUCAAGGGUUUCCGGAUAGCUAUCGCUUUUCUGGUAACAUACAGAACAAGCAUAGGCAAAUUGGAAAUGCUGUGCCACCUCCACUAGCCUAUGCACUUGGAACUAAACUUAAGGAAGCUAUUGAAGCAAAGCUAUCUUCAGUUUAAACAAAUAUGGGGCUUUUAAUCAACAUGCCUAUCUACAAUCUACUUACAUGUCUCUUGACGUCGUCUGCCAUGGUAAAGCAAAUUUGGAUUGACCUCUAUUUCAUUUGGCUUCUGACACAUGGAACCAAAGUGUCACUGAAUCCCUAGAAGCACCAUAUUAAACUUCAAAUUCCCAUGAUGUUCCUUUUGAUGAAAACAGUUGAGAUUGAAUCCCUGAGAGAACUGUUGCAAUCUUUUGGAACAGACCUGCAAAAGAGAGCAGAGGCCUUUUGCAAAGUUUCUUGGCAGUAAACAUUGGUUGAAUCUAUGAAAGAAGUAUGUGCGCGGCCCAGGUUCCUUCUCAGGUACAUUAAGAAGUUGCCCCAUUUUUGUGAGAACUGCUUAAUUUCUCUAGAUCAUUGAUACAAGAACAACACGACUAUUAACAACUGUUGUUGUUUGCUGUAUGCAAAUUUUAAUGUAAUUGAGGUCUUUUUGUUUAGAACUUGAUCUCACCCUGAUAUGCCUGCCAUACAAUGUCAUGGUGAUUGUAAAUAUUGUCAUUGCUUUUUCGAUCAGUCAUUAUGUAAUAGCAACAAUAGCAAGUUAAUUAUGACAAUUUGUAUGUUUGGUGUUGGAUA